AUGAGCCAAGAUCCAUCAAUAUGUCGCCAAAUCAUUGCAGGAGUGAUUCAACAUCAUCAGUGUCAAAAUAUCAUCCCCCCAAAUGCAUCCAGGGCGAUAGUGAAUCAGCCGCUGAAAGUCGCCUUUGGAAUUGACAAUGCUUUUACGCGCAGUGAUGACAGUGAAGUCAGCUCGUUUGUUACAGCAGCGAGAGCUAAAAUGAAUCUCUCAGCGGAUGGGUGGUUUGCUGUCUCCCGAUUCGCAAGAGCCACUACGAGGAACUGGAGUGUCAAGCAAUGCCCUUUAGUGACCCAUAGUACAUCUCAACUACAAGGAGCCAUGGGCUCGCAUAUCAACAUCGCUUCGAUGGCUCAGAUACUCACAUUAAGAGUUGUGCUGCGUGUCAUGUUUGACAAAACUGAUCAAGACAAGAUAUGUGAUAUGAGCAUUCUAACCCUUGCACAAUCUAUCAACAGAGCUUGGAUUGCCCAGAAGGGCGCACAAGAGAAUCAAAUCCUCAGAUUUGAAGACGACGUUCCCAUGAAGGAAGCACUGUUUGAUAUCUUCGGGACCCGCAACAUUAUGCCUGGGAACAACCCGUUGAACAUCAUCUUGCCCUCCUUUGAGACGAUGUGGAGGAUAGUAUUGAGGACGGUCCUGGAGAUUGGGUUCGUGGGAAGCGCCGAGCACCCUGAAUGGGAAAGUUCUGUCGUUGCCUUCGCGAUGGAGCCGACCAAACGACAAUUCGAGCUGGAUCAGAACCCUCGACUGAGCUCCAGGUCCAGCUCGCAUGGACAGAAUAUAAGUUCGAGUCCCCAUGAUUCCAUGCGCGAAACAUUCUCUGCGAAGCAUCUUGUCUUCGAAUCCCUUAGGCUCUAUGUCCCCACCCGCAGGGUCCAUCGAGCAUAUCAAUGGAGUGAGAAUGCAGGAUCUCACGAGACUCUAUCUGCAGAUAUUGAGGGAUGUCAUCUCCGCCGUGAUAUAUGGGGUGACGACGCGAAAGAGUUCAACCCAAGUCGCUGGUUGAACUUGACGCACAUCCAAAAAGAAGCAUUCAUGCCAUUUGGUUGUGUUCCUUUUGAAUGUCCGGCGAAACCGACUUUCGGCCCGAGAAUGAUUGGACUAUUGGCUGGCGCUAUAUUGGAAGCUUUUGGUGAGCUGUCAACCGACGUGGGUUGGAGAUUAGUCUGUGAUGAUAAAGGUGUGCCGGAGCAUUUGCGAUCAGGGCAAGGCUUGAGUCUAGAUAGAACCGCUUACGGGGAUUUGUUUCUAGCUCGGGCCCCAGGAAGACAUUCCAUGAUGUGA